AUGCAAGCAAAACGACUCUCGAUCGACACAUCAUUCAAACGUGUGCACGGCCGGCAGGAAUUUGAAUUCGAGUCGUGGGAUGUUGCGCACAUGAACUGUUAUUGGCACUCGAGCUUUCACGACAUCUCAACUAGCACACGCCCACGUCAUCAUCUUCUAGCGAAUAUUCGAGAUUGCCAGCGCAGACACAGGCUGUACUGUUCGCUUUCAAUACAUCCACUGGGGAAGGGAUUCAAACCAUUGUCACGGUUGCCGACGCACAAAAAGGUCAAGGUUAAGGCCUAGGUAUGUACUGCGUAUACUUGUGUAAAGACUCAAUCCAUGCUUGCCGCUAUGACA